AAUGUGCGUGCGUGCGUGGACGGCGAGAAGGGAAAUAUGUACAUACGUAAAUUGAUUAAAGAUAAGAAAAUCCAUCGCAUUUUAUUUACACGAUUUCUUUGAGCAGUUUGAGCCUAUCCUUAAUCGAUAAGUUACCAUUUCAGUUCAACGGUGCCCUCAGUCCCGAAAGGAUCUCGAAUUCCGAACAAUUUCUACAAUUUUUUUCCGUGUCUGUCAUGUCUCGAAAAGGAUUUUGGUCUUCGACGCCGCUCCCCCAACAUGAAACUCCGUGGGCGUGGGGGUCACCGUCAUCGACACCGUCCACAAUCUACGGGGACAACAAAGUUACCAACUUUGUCCCUUCGUCAAGUUCGUCGUCCUCAGAGUGUCGUCGCGAGCAGAGGACGCUAGAGGUUACGACGCUAAAGGUGACGCCUCCGGUGUCGUCAUCCUUUGCGCACGUGACCGCGCCCGAAUUCAAGAAUGUGAACACGUCCAGGAGGAGAGGAAAUCGUCCCCGUGAAGAACCGGCCCCCGUGGAGAACCUGUUCGACAAGUAUGACAACGACCCCUCCUUCACGGGAGGGGUCAUCAAAUGCCACGAGUUCGUGCAGCAACAUUUUGGAAAAACGUAUUCCAGGCAAAUUGUAAUUGCCAAUGAACAAAAGAGAGGAGAGAUUCGGGCCCGAUUUUUUGGAGAUGGACAACCCGCCUCGGACCGGAAUAGGGUCGUCCUGGCCCCCUUUUCGUACAUGACGCCGCCCCGAAUUCGACAACAUUCUCCGGGAAAUCCUUUUGCGUUCCUGACGCCACCCGGGAGUGGGCAGAAUUCUUCUCCAGCGCCGAGUACUAGCAGUGGUCGUUCAUUUCUUUAAUUAAUUAUGAUUUACGUAUUAAUUAUUAUUUAGUUUUUUGAUAAUAUUCGAUUUAUUACGAAGUCUCGUUAAUAAUUAAAAUCAUAAUUUUCCAAAAAUCUAAAUAACUUUAAAAAUAUUACAUUAAAAAAUAUG